AUGACGGACGGCCAGCACGCGGAGGGCGGAACCAGUAGCUUCGCGGACGUGGAGUGGCGGAGCGAGUGCUACCGCAGCGCGGCGAUGGCGCACGUCGACGUGGAAGACGAGGAGGACGACGAGGCGCGCGAGCUGCACGCGGAGCUGGCGGAGGCGGAGGAGCGACGGCUGGUGGAGCGGAAGCUUUCGCUGGUGGUGGGCAUCUGCUUCGUCUUCAUGCUCGUCGAGGUCGUUGGCGGUGCGUGCUCUUGCGCGCCUCGCUUACCUUCACGCUGCUCCUUUCCCCCCGUUAUCUCCAUUUCAUCCCUAAUUCGGCCUACUGGCCAACAGCCUCGCGAUAAUGACGGACGCGGCGCACCUAUAACGGACGUGGCGGGGCUCGUGAUAUCGCUGCUGGCGGUGCGCAUGGCGGGGUGGCGGCCCGACCCGCGGUUCACGUACGGCUACGUGCGCGCGGAGGUGGUGGGCGCGCUGGCGUCCGUGGCGCUCAUCUGGGUCGUCACGGCGCUCAUUCUCUACGAAGCCAUCUCCAGACCCCCACCCCACACCCUUUUUCACCCGCUUCCCCUUUCCCCUAAACCUUUAAUCUCGGCGUCUAACCGAGUUGCUCCCACGUGCCCUGCCGAAACCCUCCAAUUCCGCGAGUGCAGGCUGUUCUACGAGCACCCUCCCGUGGAUGGGGCGCUCAUGUUCGUGAUCGCGGCGUUCGGUACAGUGGCGAACAUCGUGAUGGCCGUGUGCCUGCACACCCCCGCCGUCAUUGGCAACGACGGCGCCGCCUCGUCCAUCCCCCACUUCCACAUGCACCUGGGCACCUCGGGCGCGCUGCUGCACGUGCUGGGCGACCUGCUGCAGUCCAUUGGCGUGCUCAUUGCUGGUGCUGUCAUCUGGGCCUACCCUUCCAUGCAGUGGGUGGACCUGCUGUGCACGUUCCUCUUCUCGUUCCUGGUGCUGGCCACCACCACGGGCAUCACGGGUGACAUUGUCUCCGUGCUGCUGCAGACGGCUCCUCGCAACGUGGACACAGAGGAGGUGCGCCACACCCUGUCGGAGCUCCCAGGAGUGGCAUCGGUGCACAGCCUGCACGUGUGGCAGCUGUCGCUCAACAAGUCUGUGCUCUCCUGCCGCAUCCUCGCUCUCCCAACUGCUGCGCCUGAAGAAAUUGCGGCAGCGGCCCGGCGCCUGUGCAAGAAGCAGUGGGGAAUCCGGCACGCGACGAUCGAGGUGCAACGGCAGGGGCAUGGCAUGCCUGUCCCCUCACUCUCUUCCUCGUCUCUCUCCUCGAUGGCCUCGUCACAUUCAGGCCACGCCCAAUCACCGUCCGUGCCACUUUCACCUCCAUGA